AUGUCAGUGUCCCGUCUUAUUGACAAAGUUUUGGUUGCCAACCGAGGUGAGAUAGCAUGCCGAGUGAUCAGAACAGCCCGGAAGAUGGGCAUCCGCUCUGUGGCUGUCUACAGUGAAGCUGACCGUAACUCAAUGCAUGUUGCCAUGGCUGAUGAAGCAUACCACAUUGGACCAGCUGCUUCCCAACUUAGCUACCUUCAACAUGGAAAGAUCUUACAAAUUGCCAAAACAACUGGGGCUCAGGCUAUCCAUCCAGGUUAUGGCUUCUUAUCAGAAAAUGCUGAGUUUGCAGAGCAGUGCGAAAGUGAAGGAAUUACUUUCAUUGGUCCCCCAGCCACUGCCAUCCGAGAUAUGGGAAUUAAAAGUACAUCAAAAACAAUUAUGUCUAAGGCUGGAGUUCCUGUGAUUGAAGGUUACCAUGGUGAAGAUCAGUCUGACAGUCGUCUAAAAGAAGAAGCUGCCAAAAUUGGUUACCCUGUCAUGAUUAAAGCUGUUCGUGGAGGAGGAGGAAAAGGAAUGAGAAUAUCUAUGAGUCCAGAAGAUUUUGAUCAACAGUUGGAAUCUGCUCGCAGGGAAGCCAUGAAAUCUUUUGCUGAUGAUGUAAUGUUGUUAGAAAAGUUCAUAGUAGACCCAAGACAUGUUGAAGUCCAAGUAUUUGGAGACAAACACUCCAACUAUGUAUACUUGUUUGAAAGAGAUUGCAGCGUUCAACGACGUCACCAGAAAGUCAUCGAAGAAGCUCCUGCGCCUGGAGUGUCUGAAGAAGUAAGAAAAUCAAUUGGAGAGGCAGCAGUUCGUGCUGCAAAGGCAGUUAACUACGUUGGUGCAGGAACUGUUGAAUUUGUAAUGGAUAAAGAUUAUAAAUUCUACUUUAUGGAAAUGAAUACACGUCUUCAGGUUGAACAUCCUGUGACAGAAAUGAUCACUAACACUGAUCUUGUUGAGUGGCAAAUUAAGGUUGCAAGUGGAGAACCGUUGCCAAUGAAACAAAAAGAUUUAGUUUUAAGAGGUCAUGCAUUUGAAGCUCGGAUUUAUGCUGAAGAUCCAGACAAUAAUUUUAUGCCAGGAGCUGGUCCUCUGAACUAUUUAUCCCCACCACAGGCUGAUACUAAUGUACGAAUUGAAACUGGUGUUAGACAAGGUGAUGAAGUUUCCGUUCAUUAUGAUCCAAUGAUUGCCAAACUAGUGGUGUGGUCUCAAAAUCGAGAAGCUGCUUUAAAAAAGCUGAAAUCUAGUCUUUUAGAUUAUCAUGUGAUUGGUUUGAACACAAAUAUCAACUUUUUGGUCAAUCUAACCAAGCACGAUGAAUUUGAGAAGGGCAAUGUGCAUACUAAUUUCAUCCCUUUACAUAAAGAAUCCUUGUUCCCUUCAUCUUCACUCUCCCCAUUGAUAGUCUGCCAAGCAGCUGUAGCACUUCUGAUCUACCAACAUGAGACUGUGAGAAACAAAGGAAUAAAGUCUCAAGAUCCGACCUCACCUUUUACUCAUUGCAUUGGAGCACGAAUUAAUGAAAAUUUAGUGAAGAACUUAAGUUUGAAGGAUGGAGAUGAAAAGAUUGAUGUUCAAUUGGUUUACAACCCUGAUAAGUCUUUCACUGUCCACCACAACGGUCAGCAGUACAAUGUGACUGGCAAGAUGCAACAGGAAGAGGACAGGAACCGACUUGUAUGUUGCAUCGAUGGCAACAUUACUUCCAGCUUUGUAAUAUUCCAGAAUGAUAGUGUGCACCUCUUCAAUGUUGAUGGAUAUAGUCAGUUAAAUAUUCCUCUACCCAAAUUUAUGGAAUCAGGUAGUGCAGAAUCGACAGGGAAAGCUGCUGUAUCUCCUAUGCCUGGGGUCAUUGAAAAGCUAUCUGUGUCUCCUGGGGAUAAAGUUGAAAAAGGAGAUCCACUACUUGUAAUGAUUGCAAUGAAAAUGGAAUUUGUCAUCCGUGCACCCAAGACUGGUGUUAUAAAAGCCUUGCCCUACAAAGUCGGUGAGACAGUACCCAAAGGAGCUGGCCUGGUAGAAUUUGAGGACAAUGCUGAAGAAUCUUGA